AUUAUCGGUCAGCUGUUUGUUUCAUUUUCAUGCAGUUCCACCCAUUGUCUUCAUUGUUUGUUUACUUGUGCAUUUGUGACGUUGCUUGGAAUACAAAAAUAUUAGUUUUGCGAAAUGAGCGAAGGCAAUGCAAAGAUUUUGCAAUUUGUACCAUUUGAAUCGUUUGUGUCACCCACAUUCUGGCACAAAUUAGCCGAGCUAAAACUCGACCACGAUCGCCUAUCGGAUGCAAAACGUUCUAUUUUCGGCCAUUAUACAAAUCGUAAGGCGUCACGAUGUCUGCUCGAAGUUGACUACAGUGCAUACAAUAGUUCAGCGCAGCCACCGAAAUUCAGCCAUGCAGCUGUCGGCACCAUUUACAACAAGAACACCAUUGAAGAGUUCAAAGCACUGGACAAAACAGCCUUGCUUGCGGAGGAGGGAAAGUGUCUCCUAGAUGACAUGAACAGCGGACGUGUGCUGAAUGAUGCCAGUCUGCUGGCGCGUUUCUUUGUGCUCUCAUUUGCCGAUCUCAAGAGCCACAGUUAUUAUUAUUGGUUUGCUUUUCCCUGUCCGUUGACGCCAACAUUGCGACUACAGUGCGAUGCACUGCGUCUUAAGGAGCUGCCCAAUGCAAGGCAAUAUGCAGAAGCCAUACGUUUGCUGCCAGCAGACCAGCAAAACUUCUUUGUACUCUAUGCAAAUGAGCAGGAAAAUGUUUGGGAAGCACGAAGCUUGAGCGCCGUCUUAACACAGUUUGAUGAGCAGCAGGCCCAGCAUUAUUAUUACUGCUUUGCGGAUGCCAGCGAGUAUGAGAAUCCCUCUUGGUUGAUGCGCAAUUAUGUGGCCAUGAUGUUGCAGCAAUGUCCCUCGCUUGUUGGCCGCACUUUAAAGUUCUUGGGACUUCGCUACGAUCAGCAAAUGCAGCUAGACAAUAGCCUGAUAUGGCAAGUGGUCCAAGCCGAAUCCAGUUGUAAUGACCAGCUGCAGUUUGUGGGCUGGGAAGUGAAUCGCAAUGGCAAAAUGGGACCACGCAUGGUCAGCAUGCGCGACAGCAUGGAUCCAGCCAAAUUGGCAGAGAACUCAAUCAACUUAAAUCUGAAGCUGAUGAAGUGGCGUCUGGUGCCUGAUUUGAACUUGGACAUCAUGGCGCAAUCCAAAUGCUUGCUAUUUGGCGCUGGAACUCUUGGCUGUGCCGUGGCACGCAACUUGCUAUCUUGGGGCUUUAAGCACAUUUCUUUGCUGGACAAUGGCAAGGUGGGUUACUCGAAUCCAGUGCGUCAAAGUCUUUACACGCAUGCGGAUGCCGUGGCAGGAAAUCGAAUGAAAGCAACCACAGCAGCAACACGUUUGCUGGAUAUUAAUCCCAGUGCUGUUUGCCAGGGACAUGUACUGGAAAUUCCCAUGCCAGGACACACUAUAGGUGAAGCAUUGCGGCAGCAGACGGAGGAACUUUUGCAGCUGAUUGAGCAGCAAGUGCAGCAGCAUGAUGUGAUCUUCUUGCUAACGGAUUCGCGUGAAAGUCGUUGGUUGCCCACGCUGCUGGGAGCUGCACAACAAAAGAUUGUUAUCAACGCGGCGCUAGGCUUCGACAGCUACUUGGUGAUGCGUCAUGGCAGCACAAGGCAACAAGUGGGCGAUGUUGGCAACAAGGAAAUCGCUGGACUCAAGUGCAUUGGAGGGGAGCAGCUCGGUUGUUACUUCUGCAAUGAUGUGACAGCUCCAGGAAAUUCGCUCAAAGAUCGCACACUGGAUCAACAGUGCACUGUUACGCGACCCGGCGUCUCCAACAUUGCAGCCAGCUAUGCCGUCGAGCUUUUGGUUGCCCUGUUGCAGCAUCCUCAACGCGAUUUGGCACCUGCUUAUUAUGCAAACAGCAGGAAUCAGCAGCAACAGGAGUCGCAGUUGCCGGAAGGCUUGCUAGGCAUCUUGCCACACAGCAUACGCGGCAUGCUGUGCAACUAUGAGAAUAUCUUGCCUGCCACACAAAAGUUUGCGCAGUGUAUUGCCUGCUCUCAGCGUGUUUUGGAUGCCUAUCGUAAAGAAGGUCAUGCAUUUUUAUUCAAGACAUUCGAGACAGCCAAAUACCUGGAGGAUUUAACUGGAAUUUCAGAAUUUAAAAGGCUUAAUAGUGAGAUCAUAGACUUUGAUGAUGAUAAAUUUGAUUUUUCCGAAGACGAUGAAGACUAAAGAAAAAUUAUCAACUUUACCGCAUUUUGGAUAAUGUAAAAUAUAUAUUAUUAAUAUU